CGUGGUCAUUGCAGGUGUCUGGGUGCCAUGUGAGAGAAUCAUGGCAUCUCGACCAGCGGAAGGGACGGGACAAAAAACAAAGGAAAAAAAAACAUGCCGACCAAGAUGCGAUGACAUGAAUGGGUCAUGCGGGGGGGGGGGGGAGCCCAGCGACAACGGGUGUCACCCAGGUGCAGUAGCGUAUUCCCUUCCGAUGGUGCCGCACGGAAUAUGUCGAGGCCCCUGGACCGUAGAGCUCAUUCCGAUUCGUCGACAAGAGCACCAUCCCGUCUGGGUCUGAUCCCUCCUGCGCCUUCUGGGUUUGUUUCUUUGACCGUAUCGUAUUCUGUUUGCAUUUCCCGGACGCCUGAGAAGCAGAAGCGAUACCCCAAUGGCGAGAGGCAGAGCAGAGGCCAAAAAAAGAAAAGGGAAAAAAGGAAAGAAAAAAAAAGGAAAUGAAGAUUAAAAUGAAAUGAAAAAAAAGGUCCCACCCAUCGCACUACUGCCAAUGAUUCGGCAGCCACCCGUCUGUCAACCGGUGUGUGUUCUUGGUGGUUUGUUGGCGGAAUGAACUUCAGGGCGACUCUGACCAC